AUGUGCGCGAUUCUUGCGUACGUUCACCGCUGGCGACUCAACUCAAAGCUGGCGAAACCUGAUCGCCGCAGAGGCUUCCUGUCCUCGCAGGAACUGGCCUUCGGCUCAUCGACAUUUCUCAGGCUGGUGCAAAUAGAGGCGUUCUCAGAAGAAUUUCGGAGCCUGGCCACGAGAGGGGAGGUUCGAUCUGGCAGCCCCCUUCGUAGACUUCUGCCAUUUGUUGACACUCACGGGUUGAUCCGCGUCGGUGGCAGACUGCAAAACUCCUUCCUCUCGGAAUCCGAGAGACAUCCUGUCAUUCUCUCCAAGGACCAUCACGUCACCGCUCUUCUUAUUCGCAAGGCUCACAUCUCUACUCUCCAUGGGGGUUACAGACUAGUACAUAGCUAUUUGUUGCAGAGGUAUUGGAUCCUGCGCGCCAACACGUCGAUCCGACGCAUUGUGCGGAGCUGCGUCAGAUGCGCGCGUCACAACGCCAUCAUCCUCGAGCAGCAGAUGGCACCGCUGCCGGUCAUCCGAGCUAAACCGGCGCUACCAUUUGCGCACUCUGGAGUCGACUUCGCCGGCUACUUCUGGCGGCAUACCGUCGCUUUACCGCCCGGCGUGGUCUCUGUCGGGUCAUCUACAGCGACAACGGUCACCAUCUUCAAGGGCAGCGAGGCCGAACUGCACAGACUCUUCUCGGAGACCUCCGCCAUCGGCCAAGCUGUAGCGACUGCCGUGGCGUCGGAUGGAGUGGAGUGGCGAUACAUUCCCCCUCGAGCUCCAAACUUUGGAGGCAUUUGGGAGUCUAACGUGAAGUCGAUAAAGCGUCAUCUCUAUAGAGUCAUUGGCGACUCUAAGCUCACAUACGAGCAACUGACGACCGUGCUGGCUAGUAUAGAGGCCUGCCUAAACUCUCGGCCGAUCAGCGCGCUUAGCUCGGAUCCUAACGAUGCCUCAGCCCUGACACCUGGUCACUUCAUAAUCGGAAGGCCUCUGGUUGCUCCCCCGGAACCUUUCACGGAGACCGAUCAGGCAGGGCAACCCUGCUCCGGCUGGCAUUUGCUUCGGCUGAUGAGGAGUCACUUUUGGCGACGCUGGCGGUCGAACUACCUGGCUCAGCUGCAACAGCGGGCGAAAUGGCUUAAGCCAAACCGGCAGCUUCAGGUGGGAGACUUGGUCCUGUUCAAGGACAAGCUGGCUCCUCCAACAAAGUGGCCACUGGCCAGAGUGGUGCAACUUCAUCCUGGGAAGGAUGGGCUGACGAGGGUCGCUACCAUCCGCUCAUCGACGUCGGAGUUGAUGCGACCCGUCAACAGACUCAUUCUGCUGCCGGUACACGAGCAGACACUCGUUAAGUUUUCUCAAUUUGAGUCCUCCAUGGCGGGCGGCGCCCAGUAG